AUGCAACGCGAUGAGCAUUCAGAUGGGAUCUCCAACCGUAAAAAUCGGCGUUUUAAAUUCUCACAGAGACCUAGAGUCUCCAGUGCUGAUAUUUUAUUGAACGCGUUAAAGCCAUUUGAAUCUAUCGAGUUUCAAGACGACGAAUACGACAACCCUGCAAUCAUCCUUGGUAAGCUCUUAACGACGCUAUCGAUUUCUUCCAGCGAAAUGCAAGACCUUCAUAAAAUCCAAACUCUUGUAUUUAAAGUGGAUGGAGAGUGGCAAACACAGCCAAACUCCUCAGAAAUUUUAGCUGCAUCUGUUCAUCAGCUUAUCGUAUGCCUACUUUCACCAGAUUCAAGUGUAAACUUCCAGAAGAAUUUCUUACUUUCUUCGCCAUCUUUUGUCAAUCCUAGGUUCCUUCUCGCAGCUAUUUAUCAGCGAUACUUUACAGAUAUCUCUCUACCAGGUUGCAACGUCAAAGACAACGAUGAAAUUAAAAACAUCAUUCGUCCGAGAGCCGUCAACGUCAUAAAAUUCUGGCUAAAGCAAUGCCCAUAUCAAUUCGACAAAGAGAUGGUUAAAUCACUCAAUAUCUUCCUUGAAGCUCUAAAUCACGAUAAAGCCAUGGAAAACCUCGCCAAGAACGUCUCAACCGCCUUGAACGAGUUUAACGGUAUCAAAACUAAUACUACGAAAACUACAAUCAGAGAGCCGCCGCCACUCAACAUUCCAUCGACUCCACCAGAGACAUGGACUCUCCAGCAGAUCGAGCCUCAUGAGCUCGCUCGCCAGAUUACCAUAUUCCAUUCCCACAUUUUCCAUAAUAUUACACCACUAGAGUUGCUUGCAGCACUUUGGGGUAAUUCUGAGUGCGGUGGCUGCCCUAACAUUAUCAGACUUCAAGAGCAUUUUGAUUUACUUUCUCGUUUUAUUUCGCAUAGUAUUAUUUUCCCGGCAACGCCAAAGGAGCGCGCUAAUGAGUUCAAGAGAUGGUUCGAAGUCGGCCAGCAGUUCGAAGCGCAGCUAAACUUCAAUGGACUCUUCUCUGUAAUCUGCGGAAUUACACAUCGCUCUGUCGUUCGUAUGGAGCAGACAAUGAAGAUCGCGUAUAAGUCUAUCAACAAGAAAGAGCUCGACGCAUUAACCGAUCUUUGCGAAAUCGCUCAGGAUUUCAAGAAUUACAGACAAAGACUUCAGAAUACUACAGAUCACUGCGUACCAUUCAUUGGUUGUUUCCAGAAGGAUUUGGUAUAUAUUCAGGAGUCAUAUCCAAACAAAAUCAACGAUUUGAUCAACUUUAAGAAAUGUUCCGAAUCUUACAAACUUAUUGAAAGAAUUGCGAUGUUCCAGAACCAGGACUAUUGUUUCUUCAUAAACGAUACAAUACAAAGACUUGUUGAGAACAUCCCUCCAUGCGGUGAUACUUUGGAAUUAAUCACACUCUCCAAGGAAAGAGAACCAACACAGCCACACAAAUAA